GUGUGGCCGGCGUGCAGCAGCAGCUUCUGCCUCUUCUUCCAACCCACGCUUUUUCCCUUUAUGCUGCAAUCUCCCCACGAAGCUGAUCGCGAGGGCAUCCGUACUCACCCAGAAACCAUGACUCUUGAAGAUCACGGUGUUCAAGCCUUGUUCCAAUCUCAUGACCGCGUCUGUUGCGAUGUAUCUGCGCUUGGCUGGCUGGUUCCGGCCAUCUCCCUUCAACCACUAACCCAUUGAUCGGAAGUUAUCGAAGAGGCUUUCUCGAUCAGCUCUAGGUGAUUUCCUUUUACUACUAGACAAGGGGAUACUCCGAAUGGUACAGCGUGCCGAAGAGCGUGUGCCCCUCAUUGCCAUGGUCGAUGUCACUCUGAAUACUCCAAUGCCACAUAGCAGCUAGUAUGGGUAAGUUGUUCUCUGCCACCAGUUCUCUCCUCGUGCUCGAUUCAGUGUGAUUCAUGCCUGUGCGCCACCCCGCAACGCCAACAAAUCUAUCACCAAUUUUCAAGCCACCCGUUCACCGUUUCAGAAGGGACCUUCAGCUCCUCUUCCUCUAUGGCGCGCACUAUCCCGCAUUCGGAGUUAUACUCUUACUAUGUAGGAACUCUCUCCUUUCCAGCCGUUGGUGGCUUCAAGUGAUCGAGCUGGAACGAGAUUUGUCCUUCGCAUUUGGUCGAGCCUCGCUUCAUUCAAAUGUCGGUCCCCCCCCUUUCGCUUACCUUCGUUCGAGCUCAAAAAAGUGGGCGACAAAAAAACGUGGCAGUUGAGCGCGCCAACCUCCUUUCGACGCGUCAAGCAUAUUCAACAUAAACUGAUGGCGGACAUUUCUGCAAUCUGGUAUCAUCACCCAUCGUGAGCGCGUGAACUCGGCUUCUCACCAGAUUUGAACGCAUCCUCAAGCUUGGAAAUGUCGUCCAUAUACUCGGGUGACCACGGCGAAGGACGCAGCCCCAGGGCAAGCAGAAAAUCCAUCGGUCAGGCUAUGCAGCGGACGUGGGAAUGGAUGGCGGCUCAUCAGACAAGAUCCGGCGACUUGACCUCAUCGAACUCCUCACAUUCGCCUUUUAGCAACCCAAACGAUGAUCUAGAUCUUGAUUCACUUUUCAAGCGUCUGGACAAGUAUACGACCGAGAUGCAGGAAGUGGAGGAUCGUCUCAGACGAGCGAAGUUCGUUUCCGAGAAUCCCGGAGGGAUCAAUAUCAAGAGAUUCUCCUUUGAGGGUAUUUCUUCUCUGGAAGCGACCAAACCUUUGCAGACAUUUGAGUUUCCGGCGAAGUCAACUCCUUCCACCGAAUGGAAACUGGGACAAGUCUCAAGCAUCACCACUUCCUCGGAACAGACCUCGCCAACUCCCCUCGCCCACGCAGAGCUCCAGAACUACUUGAGUACAAAAUAUCCGUUGCCUGAUCUGGGCGAAUUACCAGAGGACUCGGCGGCACCAUUAUUACUUGGGAAUUGGAAACAACGGGCAGAGCAGCAAUUCUUGCCCACAAAACUAGCCCUAAAGCGUAGCAGCAGCAGAUACUCGGACAGAGGAGAAUCAUAUCCGGACUACUCACGCCAGAGAUUCGUGUGGAAGCGGCAAUCUCCAUCGCCAUCGCCCCCUGUGGAAGGAAGUCAUCACACAACGAGUUCCGAAAAGAAUCAGGUCUUGGCCCAGAUGCCCGAAUAUUUAAUAGAGGGCGAUAAUGACUACCAUCAAUACGACUUCUCUGAGGAGGACGAACCCGGUCCAGCAAUUCCAAGAUCUUGGACGUUGCCGCCCAGAACGUCAAGCAUGAAACAACCGAACAAAGAGACGUGGCAGGGAGACGCAACCACUCUGCUCAGACCAUUGCCCCGCAGGAGGAUGACAACCAGCGACGCACGGCCUUCGAUAAGAAACGGUGGAUACUGGUCCAGUCAGGGAGCCGAGCUCUUUGUCAAAGGCGAUGAACCACCUGUUCCUGGGUUAUCUCAAUCUACCUCGAUCGCGACAUUGAAUUCGAAUCCUCCUAUGACGCCUUUGACACUGAGCGAUCCUAGAGAAGACCAAUUACGCCGAGAGAUGGAAAGUUUUGCGAUUCAGGACGGCCCAGAGACACUCGAGCAUCGAUACAAGAAGCGCAGGCCUCCAUUGCUAAAUUUGUUCGAUUCGGACGAGGAGGAAGAAGAAGAUCAGCGGUCGGUAUCCACCACACUGGAACCAGACAGUUCUAGCUUGCUGAGCUUGAAUGACGACCGGAGCGUCAGACCUCGACGGCGGCGCAGGAGCAUUUUCAGCAUUUUUCAGAGGAGGUCGCCUGUUGAAAAGCUGAUUGACAUGUAUUUCACCGACGAGCCGGAGGAGAAAGCCGGGCCCCAGAAAGGGUCUGCUCGAUCCAGAAAAGGAUCUCUUGUUCGAGAAAAGUUGCCAAAAAGCCCCGGAACGCCACCGCUACCUCAAGCCCUGCACGGGAAGCAGACGUCGUUUUAGACAGGAGCAUUGGCAUGGUUCGAAUCUGUCUCCGACCUUCUUGACCCCAACUCUGCCACCAGCUCUGCAAAUGCCAUUAUCCCCGACGUCUCGGCAGUAUCUGAAUCUAACUGGCGUUCCAGAAGUCGCAUGGCACGGGCAAUGCGUUUCUGUGGAGUAUCUUGGGACUUAUGUCCGCGCGGACUUUGGGAUGUGAAUUGGCUUGCUUCGCGGUCGUCGGCAAUAGUGGUUUCAAAGAUGAACUUGAGUUUGGCACGCAGGGUUGGAUAUUGUUGAAACAGAUUUUGCAGCCUAUGAUCCCCGAUCAGAAGGUCGACAAGGGGCGUAUCCUCAAUUGAAGCUGCCUCUGACUUCCCAGGUGCAACUUCAGGGUUUGGAAUGUCACUCUUGGGUGUAGGCUGUUCACAUUGGCUCUUGUGCGUCUUGAAACAGGGCAAGGAACAGCUGGUUCACAACAAGGUUAAUGACAAGAAACUAAUGUAACUUGAUGAAGUAUAUCGCACCUUGGAGCCCUACAAAAGGGACAAUGGUAUUUGGAGGUUGGAUUUUGACAUACGCUGCAAGGCUCUAAUGCCAUGGGGCAAGCAAGGCACUUCUGGUAGCUGGAAUGUUGAUGUUAUCGACGCGGCAGUCGACCAAGCGAAGACCACUCAAUGCCGCCUUUGAAUUGAAGUACGA